ACAGCCGAAGCAGACGGAGGCUCGGACAGCUAGCUGCUUAUUUGUAGCUCGACUUUCUGCAUUUUUCUUGGUAAAUAAACGUUUGGACUCGUGAGCUGAGCGCCUCUGCUCUCUGUCAGGAGCCUGCGUGUUUAUCACCGCUCCGUGUGUGAUUUCAGGAAACGCCCCGAGCGUUUCUCCACAGUUUCCUCCCAUCAUGUCUCACAAGCACCCAUACAGACAACCACCGUCGGACUCUGACCUCAGACCCGAUCCUGGACCUUACAGAUCCUCAGACCUCGACCACCCCUCCCCGGACCACGACUUUUACAGGCCACCUCAGGAGUCCUUCUCCUCGCCCUACGCGUCCUCUUCCUCUUCCAGAGGCUCGGCUCCGUGGCCGCAGGACCGCGCUCUCAGCAUCCUGAGCAGCCUUGGUCUGGAGCCCGGCGACCUGUCUCUGCUGGCCGAACUGCCUGAGGACGUCCUCACUGUGGAGUCCCUGCCUCAUGUCCUCAAACAGAUCAAAGGAAAGAGAGGGACCGUCAGACCUUCCCCUCCCAACGCUGCGUGUCCAUCCUCCUUCUCCUCCUCUUCCUCACCCUCUUAUCCUCCCAGCUCUGCCUGUCGACCUGCCGUCAGCUCCUGCGGCGGAGGCUGGGAUCAGCUUCUCAGCCAGUCGGUCCAGUACCCGCUUCACCAGAUUCCUCCCAGUCCUCUUCCAUCUGAGCAGGUCCAGGACCACUGGGGGAAUCCCAGAACCAGUAGUAAUGUCGUAGCAGACCCACCAUCAUCAUCAUCAUCAUCCAUCUAUGUGGUGGACUUCCAUCACAGACCAGGACCCUCUGACUAUGGUAAGACAGGCAGAGCCUCUGGUCCAGUUUCCUCUCAGGACCGACCUUCUUUCAGGUCUGGGGAACAGAAAAAAAGAACUCAUCCUUCCCGUUUCUCUGAGCCCGGAUCAGCUGGUUACAGGUCAGUUCCUCCGCCUGACGCUCAGGGGGGACGCCCCAAGUCUGAAACCUCUUCCAUCAGGAGGAGCCUGCACACUGCCACCGCCUCGAUGCCCUCCAAGAGAGAAGCUCAGGAUUUCCACGGGAUGUGUCCACAGGUGUUCCCGUACUCGUGCUCUCUGUGUGAUAUCACUGUGCUGUCAGAGAAGGUUUGGAUCAAACACAUCAACAACACUCAGCAUGCGAACGGACAGCUCAGCCUGCUGCAGCAGUUUCCGAACUGGGACUGUCGUAUGGAGACACUCAGCAGGGCUGACAACCAAUCAGAGAAGAGGAAGGAUGAAGCAAACCCCGCCCAGCCACCACAGUCAGCCAAUCAGAGCCAGAAGCCAGAGCAGAAUAAACAGAAGAAGACGUCAGAGAAAGGUAAAGUGGUGUGUGUGAAGUUUCCCGCUCAGUCUGUGGAUGAGACGUAUCUGAGGAAACUGACCGAACCGUUUGGAAAGAUCGUGAAGAUCCUCAUGUUUCCAUCUUUGGCGUUCGUGGAGCUGGGCUCCGUCGAUCAGGCAAAGGACUUGGUGAAGUUCCACGUUAACUAUCCUCCAACUGUGAACGGAGAGCAGAUGGAGUUCAGCAUCUCCAGCACCUUCAGCUUCCUCCAGAGUUCUCAGGUGGUGAGCUUCACUCCAGCUCCAACGGGAGAAGACGGCCAAUCAGAUCUGAUCAGCAUCAUCAAGCGCUUCGGUCCGCCGCUCUACACCCUGUUCCUGCCCUCUGCGGCGUCUGUGGAGAUGAAAAACGCUGCGGACGCUCAGAAGCUGGUUGAUUAUUAUUCGUCCAACACUCUGAGGAUCAACAACGACGUCCUCAAAGUUUCCUUCUCUGGACAAUACAAGACUCUCAUGCGGGUGGCGUCAGCCAAGAAGUACGAAGAGGAAAUGACUCCGGCCAAGAGGACGAGGAGUCAGAGCCGAGAGGACGAGGACAAGACGGCAGAAACCAAGAGGAGGAAGAGCAGCUGUAAAGACAAGGUGGAGCAGAUAGAGGAGGAGGGAGGGAAAUCCAGCAGAGAGAGGAGGACCAGGUCCACAUCCAGAGAUAAAUCCAUCAGGGAGAGGAGGACCAGGUCCACAUCCAGAGAUAAAUCCAUCAGGGAGAGGAGGACCAGGUCCACAUCCAGAGAUAAAUCCAUCAGGGAGAGGAGGACCAGGUCCACAUCCAGAGAUAAAUCCAUCAGGGAGAGGAGGACCAGGUCCACAUCCAGAGAUAAAUCCAUCAGGGAGAGGAGGACCAGGUCCACAUCCAGAGAUAAAUCCAUCAGGGAGAGGAGGACCAGGUCCACAUCCAGAGAUAAAUCAAAAACUAAAUCCAGCAGAGAGAGGACCAACUUCAGAUCCAGAUCUAGAGAUAAGUCCAGAACAAGGUCUAAGUCCAGAUCCAGAGACAAAUACAGAGAAAAGUCCAGGUCCACAGAUAAAUCCAGCAGGAGGUCCUCCAGCCAGAACAGGUCCAGAGAAAAGACAGUGGAACCAGAGAAAGCUGAGAACCCCGACUCUGAGUCCAGAACUGAUCCUGAACCAGCUCCUGUCCGUGACUCCAGACCUGAAACUACAGAGACUGAACAGAGCGAAGAGGAAGCAGAGUCGUCUGCGGAGGAGAGCGACAUCGAGGGGAUGGAGGUGAUCGGAGAGGAUGGUGAGAGUCUGGAGGACGAAGACAAGGAAAGUCUGGAUGAUGCUGAGGAGGAGGAGGAAGCUUCUGAGGGAAACCACGGUCCAGCAGAGAGGCCUGACUCACCUGGACAAGGGGAAGAAAAGGAGGUGAAGGAUGGAGAGACUGAAGAUCAGGACACACCUGUGAUAGAGGAGAGGGAGGAGGACUCAGAGACGGCAGAGACUCAGCAGGACCACGACGAGGAGGAACCCAGUUUCCCAGUAGACCUGGAGAACUGCAUCACUCUGGAUGAACUGGACGAGGACGAGUCUGAUGACCAGGAGAUCGGAGCUGAACCUGAGUCCACCAGAGUGCUGUACUUCAGAAACCUGCCGCUGCGUUUCUACACCGACACAGAGUUCGUCAGACUGGUCAAAGGUUCUGGGAAGGCGGUGCGGUACCUGCUGAUCCGCCAACAGCGAGAGGGUUUCAUCGAGAUGUCGAGUUCUUCAGAGGCUGUGAGAGCUGUCAGAGAUCUGACCUGCACACCUGUCACCUUCCACGGCUGCAAACUCAGCGUCCAGUUCUCCGACAAAUACAAGAGACUCACCAACUGGUGGGAUGUUCAGUCGGACGAGGACGAGGACGAGGAGAAGAGGAGCGAGCGCCGGAGUUGGAGCAGCAGGAGGAGGAGUGAGCGCCGGAGCAGCAGCAGGAGGAGCGAGAGACGGAGCAAAUCCAAAACCUCCGAUAGAGACGAGAAAGAGUCCUCACAAAAGAGUCCAGACAAAGAGUCGGGAUCCAAUAAGUCUACAAAGAAAGAGUCAACCAACAAAAGGUCUUCAGGAAACAAAUCAGCCUCCAGAAAGACUCUGGAGGAGGAGGAGGACAAAAAGACUCAAGACAAGGAUGUCAAAAACACAUCAGAGAAGGAAUCAGCUGCUAGAGAGACUCCAGAGAAAGAGACAGCCAAUGAAAAAACUACAGAAGUAUCAGUGUCCAUAAAGACUGAAGAGACAGACUCAGCUGCUGAGAAGACCACCGGAAAGGACCUGACCCCAGAGACGAACCCAGAGACCGAGACACCACAGAGGAGAGGGACGCAUGAGAAGGACCCAGCGCCUGAAAAACCCCUGAAGACAAAGUCGGAGAGCGACGAGGCUCCAGCCGAGGAGGAGCUGAUGGUGAACGACGCCUCCGGAAAAGGAACAGUAGAGAUUUGUGAGGAGGAGCGAUCAGCUGGACUCACUGUGUCUGAGCUUCACAGAGUCUGGAGUCCAGGUCAGCCAGACUCUGGAGAUCCCAAACCACAAACAGAACAGAAACCCGCUGCUGCAGAUCGGCUACAGGAGCUCAGCCUGGAACAGAAGCCAGGACCUGCAGGGGGCGCUGCAGAACCCGAGACACCCACCAAACCUGUUGGAACGGAGUUUGUUCGGCCAGUCGUCGGUUAUUUCUGUAACCUGUGUCAGGUGAUCUACGCAGACGAGGACGAAGCCAAACUGCAGCACUGCAGCAGUCUGACCCACUACAGGAAGUACCAGGUGACAGCUGGAGGCCGAACAGCAGCAGGCUCAGGGUCCUCAGGGGUCCUCGGGGCUGCUGUUUGUUCAGGUUUCAGAGUCCUAACAUGUUAAACAUACACAUAAUAACAUGUAGAAACAUGACGGUGCAUCAUGGUGGGCUCUGUGGAGGUGAACCCGCUCCCUGUGUAGAUACGAAGGGCUCGCUCUAAGCUAGCAGUGACACAGUGACUCAUGUUUUCAUUAGUGUGUGAUCACCUGACUGAACGCUGAUCAAUCAGAUGUGUGAUCAGAGUUUAUUUGGAAAUGAGCAGAACGUCAGCCAUGUUUGAAAAGUCCUGUUAAUCAGCUUUUCAUCACGUCGGGUUUAGUUAAGUUCAGGUUGAUGAAAACUGAACUGAGCUGUUACAGCGUUUGGUCUGACGCCAUCACAGGAUCACGAGCUCGCUGAUUUAAUGUCCGUGAUGAGGGAUGCACCGAUCCACAUAUUUCCACUUCUGCUGAUCUGCUGAUACCAGAGCUUUCAUAUGACUAUUCUCAUUAUUGAUCAUUUUACAUGAUGCUGUAAUAAAUCUCCUCCACAGGCAGUACAAGGUCAGAAAGACAGGAAAUCCUGUUAACAGCCAAUAUUUAUUAAAUUCAGCAGAUACCCAGAAAGGUAACCUUCUCUUAGACUGAAACAGAAAUAAAAGCGCUGAUUGGUCUGCUCAGCACAGGUUCAGUAUACUGACUCUGUAGCAGAAACAAAUCAAGGUUUUUCAAAUCUCAAACAUCCCGAGCGCCGGAAGCUCAGUCACGGUUCAUCUUCUUCCUGCUGCACCUGGAAGGGACAUCAGUCUGUGAGUGAUAUGUUGUAGGUGUGUGAAUUACCUGGAUGACUCACCUGUUAUGGUGUCCCGCUUUAGUUUGUCGUUUGUGUGCAAAAGUUAACAGCGCGACCGAUGCUAAUGCGCUAGCCCGUCAAUGGGAUUCUCCAUAUUAUGUUAGCAUCGAGCUAAUCCAUCAAGCUGAACUUAUUACCACUUGCAGGUCGCGACGGAGCUUCCGCCCCUCGGUACAGCGGCUGUGCAAACAUCGCCCGCUCCUGUCUCGCUUUGUUGUGUUUCUGGUGCAGAAUAUUUCCACACAGCGACACGUCGCGCUGUAAAGUUGGUUAGCCGUGGUGCUGCUCGGUGCUAGCCUGCUAGCUGGCUGCAAACUGUGGAACGGAUUUCCCGAACGGGGGCGUGUCUCAUUACCCCGCGUCACACUGAGACACGCCUCCGUUCAGGAAAUCCAUUCCACAGUUCGCAGCCGGCAGGGACUCACCUGUGGAGCCAUGUCAGCAGCAGGAAUUCUGUCGGUAUCGGAACCCAUCCCUAUCAGUGACUUUGGUGGAGCUCAGCUGAUGGAGCCUCGGAUCUUAUUUUGCCGGGUUGUGUUUGGUGCUCUGCGGCCUCCUGGUCUCUGUCACAGCUGCUUCACAUCUGUCCGCUGCUUCC